AUGCACUCUACCGCGCCCCUUCACCUGAUCUUUGCGGUGCACGCGACUUCGUUGCUGGUUUUAACCUCUUCUAGGCUGCUUCAUCGCGCCUGGCAAACUCUAUGGAAGCCAACGACCGACCUGAUUAGCAUUCUUGGAGUCGACGUUCCCGAAGCCCCCGACGUAUCCUUGGCUGGCAUUCGACCCGAUGCUGCAACUCUCAACUGGACGCGCCCGUCCCACAACCGACCCGUGCAAAAGUUCUUGAUACAGGUGAACGGAGUCAAUGUUGGCGAAUCGAGACAGGAAGAGACUGCAAUCACUGUCACUGGACUGAGGCCCAAUCAUUGUUACAAUAUUCGCGUCAUCGCUGUUGGGCCAAACAACUUUCAAGCCGGUAGUCAGGUUAUACGAUUACGCACUUACCGAUCCGAUGGGCGACCAGAACUGGGCAACUCUCGUCUGCCCGACAGCUUUCAGGAUCAGGAGCCCAGAGUUGGCCAGUCUCAAUCGGCCGAAGAUAAUUCCGGACGUAGUCAGGUUCCUACUAUCGAGGCGGCGCCAUCUCUUGAGCCGGGAUCCGUCGCCGCACGAGACGGCCCGACGACAACAUCUGGUCAGAGACGUAACACCGUUAACCGAAGGCAUUCUCCGUCUAUAGCGAGUCAAGAGCAGCCGUCGAUCAAGGAUCUGCCCAGCGAUCAACCCGAACCAUCACUCAAAGACCUGGCCGACGCUUUGGAGAGGACAAGAAAAGAGAUUGACGAGACGACAUCCCAACAUACUACCGAAGAAAGUGAUUUCAAACAGCUUGAGGAACGACUCAAGAAGGAAAGGGAGGACAAAAAGAGAGUACAAAAGGAGAAGGACGACGCCACAGCACAACUGAAACAGAAAGUCAAAGCUAGCUAUGAACAAAUGCGCCAGUCUAGCAAGGACAAGGCACGGAAAGAGAACCAGCUCAAGGAAAAACAAGACAAGUUGAAAAAGGUUCGUGACAAUGUCGACAAAUGGACCGCCGAAAUCGAAAACAUGCGCAAGACGCGUGAAGGCUUUGCAGCCGAAAAGGAAAGUUUGGAGCAAGACCGCGAUCUCAAAGUCAAGCAUCUAGACGAAGAAAAUUCGGCAUUACAGGAGGAAUACUCCCAGCUUGAGACCGAAUACAAGGAGAAGAAGGAGCAGCUCAAGGAGCUUGAAGAUGAACGCAAGAAGCUCCCUGGGGGAGAGGAAGAUGAUACUUGGCGAGAAGACGAUCGGAGGAUGAAGAGGGAGUUCGAAAUCAAGCGACGGGAGCUCCAAAGUCAACUGAUUAUGGAGAACAGAAAGGCCCAGCAGCUUGAUGGUCACUUACAUGUUCUGAACGCUCAACUGUACGCCUCGACCCAACAGGGCCUUCAGUUCUUUAAUCAGGCAAACUCAUCUGGUGUCGAUUUCGAGCAGAACGCACCCACUCAGAUCAAACGCCGGAGCCGCAAUGGUAAUCCUCUUGCGAACCCUGCCGUUCCAUCCCCGACUGGUCCCUACCCAGCCUCAGAUUCCCCCUAUGGGCCUCCCAUUGGCUUUAACAGCCGCUCAGCGUUUGCCCAGUUUGCGGACAUGCAAGGAGGUGAUGGCCUGCCAACGGAAUAUUUCCUUGAAGCAGACAUGAGAGCUCUCACCGCAGGUGCUCCAUUGAGCCCUACAGCCACCAUGUUGCUGCCAUCUGGUAUUUUAGGCGACGACCUCGAUGACGAUCCUCAUAGUCCUAGCUCAUUUUCUCGGAAAAGCCCCUUCGCACCAGAUCUUGACUACGAGGCUCAGUCGCCAGCAUCGUCAGGACAAUCGAAGAGUGUACAUUCAAGCCCUCCUGGAUCAUCGCAUAAGCCAAACUUUCCACCGCUGGCAACGGACAAUAGCGACCGUGCUUCGCUACAGGACAUCACAACGUCGCCGGGCGCGCAGCCUUCGCCGUCCGGACACAGACUUGGCAACAUCUUCUCAUCCUUCCAUCGGAAUAGGGGCGUCAAGGCCGCUGAUGAAGGUGGUCCACUUCUAGGCAGCCUUAAGCAUGGCCAAAGCCAAUCCUUCCCUCGUCAGACUGACGAUUCAGAGCCUACAAAUAGACGCCGGACUAGCUUUUCAUCUUAUACUCAGAACCGAAACUCAGCCGGACCCGAAACGCUCGACGGGAGUGGAUCGCUUGUGCCAAGAGGCAUGUUCUCGUCAGCUAGGCGUCUGAUGCCGUUUAGUGGAGCCUUUGCGGAUCGCGAUCCUAGCAGCCCUCGGCCCGCUUCCAUGGCAUCGGCAGAUUUGCCACGUCCUUCUACUGAUAGCGGCUCAAUCUGGAAUCAUCCAGGGGACAAGAAUCGGUUCUGGUCGGAUAACGGUCUAUGGACAUCGCGGAAUCCAUCCAGGCGGCCCUCAAUUCACGGCUCUCCCGCGAUUCUGAAGACAACGUUAGCAUCAGCGGACGACGAAAUUCUAGACCACGAAGCGCUGAAUGAUCCUCAAGUCUCUCCAAGUCAGGUUGGAGUUAUUGGAAGCAGGCCGCCGGCCAACAAACAGACUCAAGAGUCCAGGGCUUCGUUGAGCCAGCGUCUAAAUCCGGCGGCCCCGACUUUUAUUGGAGGCCUGUUCGGUUGGAAGGAUAAGGAAAGCGACUCCGGUAAAGACAAGGACAAGGCCAAAUCAAAGGACAAGUCCAAAGACAAGACUAAGGACAAGGAGGCUAAGGAGAAAGGCAAAAGCAUCCCUGCCAACCUCGACCUGCCUCACGGCUAUGACACAUCUCCUACCGACUCAAGAAAGUCUCGCGACGCGUUUUCUGUCCAUACGCAGACCUCAGUCUCUGAGUCUCGGGAGUCUUUGACGCUUGACCGGGCGUUGUCGAGCACGCUAUCCGAUUCCAAUUCCAAUGCGAAGGAUCAGGAAAACGUAGUCCGCAAGCUCUUCAGGAAAGGAAGCUCUAGCAAAUUCAGUCUUUCCUCUCGACUGAGUAAGGAAUCCGGGCUCUUCAAGAAGGGACCCGGAAGCACGGCCAAUUCAGACAAGAAUAUGUCAGCCGAGAGAUCCAGCUUUGGUGACCUUGAUGACUUUGGCGAGGAGGGGCUGCUUGGUCGAAGCUACGACAGUGGCACUGGUAGUCCCUCACUUGGACCCUCCAAGUCUAAGGAGACCAAGGAAAGCAGAAUGGCUGGCUGGAGCACCAAGUUUUCCAUGAAGAAAAAGGGUAAAGACACUAAGGAAAGUCUUGAGUUGCAGCGGGCCCCUGAAAGCGAGAUCGAGGAGGAGAAAAAGGACGUAUAA